GAGCCAGCGCCCACGCGCAGGCUCAGCGACCACCCAAACCACCUCACCACCACUCACACCUCGCGACGACCAGCAACGGCCAGCCCUCGAAUGAGUCCGAGGUGACGAGCAGCCCAACACCAUCGCCUGCGGGCCGUCACUCUAUCGCCCCCAAGACAGCAAUCAACCGCAGCAACGCCCCCGAUAAACCGACGGCACGAUGGAUCGCCUCCGCAGCCUCUUCUCGCACGGCAAGUCGCCGUCGCGGGACGACCAGGCGUACGAGCCGCUCCCGGACGACGGCGAGGGGAGCGCCUCGUCCCUGGGGCGCGACGACGGCGAGCACGGCGGCCACGACAUCCCAUUCAGCUGGGUUGAGUACGCCAUCUUCGCCAUGCUGGGCGUCGCUAUGCUCUGGGCCUGGAACAUGUUCCUCGCUGCGGCCCCUUACUUCGGCACGCGCUUCGGCGACGACGCCUGGCUGGCCGCCAACUUCCAGUCCGCCAUCCUCUCCGUUUCGACCGUCACGAACCUCAGCGCCAUGCUGCUGCUCGCAAACAUGCAGGGCUCGGCCUCGUACCCUUUCCGCAUCACGACUGCCCUCGUCAUGAACGUCGGCCUCUUCUCGCUCCUGACCGCCUCCACCACACUGUUCCUCGACGUCCCGCCCAGGGUCUACGCCGGCUUCCUCCUCGCCAUGGUCGGGCUCACCUCGUGGGCCACGGGCCUGAUGCAGAACGGCGCCUUCGCCUUCGCCGCCGGCUUCGGCCGUCCAGAGUACAUGCAGGCCAUCAUGACGGGCCAGGCCGUGGCCGGCGUCCUGCCGUCCGUCGCCCAGAUAGCCUCGUACCUCGCCUUCGUCAAGGACCCCGCAUCUGGCCACGACGCCGAGGCGCAGCAGCAGCAACAGCAGGAUCAGGCAGACGCCGGGGCCGCCGCCUUCUACUACUUCCUCACGGCCGUCGUCGUCUCGUCCGCCGCCACGGCCGCCUUCCUCCCGCUGAUCCGCCGCCAUGGCCGCAUCGUCGAGGGCCGCAUGUCGGACCGCAUGGCGGCGUCGCACGCCUCGGUCGAGGAGGCCGAGCGCGCCGCCCGCCGCGUCGUGGGGCCCAUGGAGCUCUUCCGCAAGCUCCACUUCCCCGCCGGCGCCGUCUUCCUCUGCUUCGCCGUCACCAUGUUCUUUCCCGUCUUCACAUCCAAGGUCGUGUCGGUGCGGAGCGCCAAGCCCGACGACGACGCCGCGGCCGGCGUGGCGGCGGCGGCGGGAGCGUCGUCGUCGUCGCCGCUGCCGCCCCUCCUGCAGCCGGGCGCCUUCAUCCCGCUCGCCUUCUUCUUCUGGAACCUCGGCGACCUCGUCGGCCGCAUCUCGACGGCCCACCCGGCCUUUGCCGCGCUCCGCCGCCGGCCUGCGGCCCUCUUCGGCCUCGCCGCCGCCCGCGUCUGCUUCCUGCCGCUGUACAUGCUCUGCAACGUCGGCGGCCGCGGCGCCGUCGUGUCCAGCGACCUCUUCUACCUGCUGCUCGUCCAGCUGCCCUUUGGCCUCACCAAUGGCUGGCUCGGCAGCAGCUCCAUGAUGGCCGCCGGCGAGUGGGUCGACGAGCCCGAGCGCGAGGCCGCCGGCGGCUUCAUGGGGCUGUGCCUCGUCGCCGGCCUUGCUACGGGGAGCGUGCUGAGCUUCAGUGUCGCGGGCAUCUAAGGGGGGGUUUAAAAAGUGCUUGGUUGUUUUUUUUUUUUUUUUUUUGCAUCAAUGAGGCGCAUGGUUCUAGAUUUAAAGCUUUUUUCUUUUCUCUUUUUUAUCCCAUCGUCAGUCAGGAUUUUCACUUGUUGUUUUCGUAAUCAAGAGAUGUAUGGCGCUGGCAAGUACCGCAUGGGAGCACAGCAAUUACACCCCUAGCUUGACAGCACCCGGGGCCAACGCAUAUAGAAUAUCAUACUAGGGAGAUGGCCCGUCUACGAUUUUUCCAAUGACCCUCCUCAUUUUGUAGCCCGUGCUCACUCCCGUCAUCCCGAAA